AUGAGGUAUGACGGGACCAAAGACCCUCAGGAACACCUCACCGCCUUUGAAGCAAGAAUGAAUUUAGAAGGGGUAGGCGACGUAGUGAGAUGCCGGGCAUUCCCUGUAACGCUAGCCGGCCCAGUGAUCUGGUGGUUUAAUGCCCUCCCGCAAGAGUCCAUCACGGCUUUCGCAGAUAUCUCCCAAAGCUUCCUAGCCCGGUUCACAUCAUGUAUAGCUAAGACCAAACACCCGAUCAACUUGUUAGGAGUCACCCAGAAACCCGGGGAACUGACCAGAAAGUUCUUAGACAGGUUCAAUAACGAAUGCUUGGAAAUUGACGGUCUCACGAACUCGGUCGCCAGCCUCUGCCUGACAAACGGCUUGCUAAACGAGGAUUUCAGGAAACACCUCACGACCAAGCCUGUGUGGACCAUGCAGGAAAUCCAGAGUGUCGCCAAGGAAUACAUCAAUGAUGAGGAAGUAAGUCAGGUCAUAGCAGCCAACAAACGACCGCCCCCUAACCCACCACCUCGGCAAACCCCCCAGGUCGACAGAUAUAAGGAGCCCCCCAGGACGGAACUUCAGCCAAACAGCACAAGCAACCUCCAUGAGUAG